AUUUAUAUUUCCGUUUUUCUUUCUUUUCUUUCAGUUGCUCCGCUGUCUGGGCGCGCCUUUUCAAUCCAGUGUAAAAUGGGAUGGCAAGAAUGGAACCAGGCCUGCUACAAGUUAAGCAGAGAUUUUUUACCAUUCUUCAACGCCUCAUCCAUUUGUAGGCAGAGUGGCGCUGAAUUGGUGUCCAUUACAAGUCUCCAAGAAAACGAAUUCGUCCACAAUGUGUCCGAAGGAGAGGACGUCUUCAUUGGUCUCCGUGCUGCAAAAGCCAAUGAUAGCUUUGUCUGGUCGGAUGGCAGCACUUUUGAUUACACUAGGUGGGAAGACGGAGAACCGAACGGCGAUUGUGCAGUAGACGGCUGUUGCGUUUUCCUCGUGGAAGCUACCGGCAGGUGGAAAGACACACCAUGUGAGAUGUGGCAGCGGUUUGUGUGUAAAUUCACAAGCUCGCAACCCAAACUGCUGCCAGGUAAUUGUCUAGUUUUUAACCUAGGGGGGACGAGUCCGUGUGUUGUGGGAUUGUCAACAUUAGAUACAAAUAGUCAGAAACAGCGCACCGAGCUUUGACAAAAAAAGCUUGGUGUUAAUCAGGUCAAUAUUGAAGAAGAUAGAGCCAUUUUAGAACAUGAAAUUUACAAAGAAAUGUAUGGAUUGCUGGAGUCCCAUAUUUGGAGAUGUUGGAUGGGUUUAAAUAUAUCUCGUUCAUUCUUAGCCCCAUGAACACCCGUGCUUUAGGAUUUUAUUCGUGGCUCCCUGGUUAAUAGAGUACUAAAGUGUGAUAUCAUAAAAAAUCAAAUUUGUGAAAUUACGGGAUUUGUCGGGAUAUUCUCAAAGAACAUAAUCCAAGAGGCCUACUUGCCGAAAACUAGCAUUGUGGGGCAAAUUGUCUCUGAGAUAUUAGCUCAGAUAUUAGCUCUGAUGACUCCUUAUAAAUCCUUCUAAAUUUGACUUAGGUCUAAACUUUUAGACCCCUGCAGGAUUUUAGAAGGACUUUUAUGGAGUCAUCAGAGCAUAACUGGGCUAAUAUCUCAGAGCAGGAGCGCUAAUUUUUGGCAAGUAGGCGUCUUGGACGUUGUUCUUUCAGAAUAUCUUGACAGAUCUCAUAAUUUCACAAAUUUAAUUUUUAUGACGUCUCACUUCAGAACACUAUAGCGGAGCUUCACGCGCGAGCGUAGACCCACACCCAAGACAAUAUGGUAAUCUACCCAUCCGAGAAAUUUUGGUAAUCACGUGACCGUACCCCCGUCCGUCUAACCACAGGUAUACCAAUGUAAAAUCACUCAACGAACAGGUAUGGCAACCCAAAUGCAACUCGAGGUUAUUUUGGCCGGAAAUCGCGUAGCCACCCACGUCUUGUGAAGCAGAGACAACUUAAGAGUCAAUAAAGACGAAAACGGAAAGCGGAAAUUGUUUCUGUAUCCCUGUUAUUUAAAGUAUUAAGCUUAGAUUAAUUGUCAUGUUGAAAUAUUUGGAAUAUAGAAAAAGAGAAAGUAGGCGGCAGGUAGCGAAGCUCAACGAGAAAACGAGCCGCAGGGAGCUAGAGCGAGAGAUAAAUAACAAAGGAGACUUUGUCUGUUGGAAGAACAACAUGAAAAUUUUGUAGCGGCGGUGAGAAAAUGAGAAAUGCUAGCUGUAAUAUAGGUGAAAAUGAGCGGCAGUGAAAAAAUAGUGAACAAGAACACGUACAACAGUUCCUCCAUAAAACGUGUAACUAGGAAGUUUCUGGAGGUUUCACGUUUUAGUCGUGCAAAACAACGGCAAAGAAAUGUACAAAAAAGUGUGCUGCACGUACAAAGUUGCUUUUUUUGCUAAUCAGACCUGCUGUUGUUUUUCACCGUUCUCGUUGCCUUCGCCGUGUAGCGUUACACGAUUUUAUAUUUUGUUUGAGCAAACAAUAAAUAUUAUCGACAUCUAUAUAUUAAUCCCAUAAUAUAGAGACUUGUACCCAGUUCCGCUCGGUUUGACAGCAGGCCAAAGGGUAAGUAACGUCGACGGCGACGUUAGCCUAAAGGACACUAACUUAUUAAGAUGUCUAUAGCCUGCGUAGGCAGCAAUCAAUGAAUAGGGAUGAGCGCUUAGGUGUGACUGCUCUUUUAAGUAGAACAAAUUAUAGUGAAUUUUCAAAAGUUAUAGUGUAUGCAAACUUAUGUAAAAGAGGCGGGAUGGAUUGGUACUGGAGGUGAAGUUACGUCACACCCUAAUUCAUCAAACUCAGGAGUCCAUAACCCUGAGCGAGCAACUGCUAUGUACUCGUGUCAUAGCGUUCUCACCGACCAGUUUAUUUUAAGAACAAAUUUGGCACGAAUUCAGAAUAUAAUUUUAGUCAGAUAGACUAGUCAGCAAAUCCCACAGACCUAAAAAUGAUAUGUUUGACCUUUGACGGACGUUUAGUUUGCCGUUUUUAUAUCUUACACAUGGAAUGCGCUCAUAGGUGGAUCGGAGAUUGCGUUUCCGCUGAAAAAAGCACUCUAAAAUGUAUAUAAAAAUAAAGCGGUCCCAGAAAACGCGGCGACAGAGUUGCUAGUAACUCCGGGUUGUGGGGUUUCCGUCAAACUCGAAUCAAAAAGCCUUUCUUUUUCCUUUUCAGACAAAAAUGCACUGAAAAAAGAACAGAACUUCAUCAUACACGAGCAGAAAAGUCUGGCACAUCACGUGAUCUACAAACAAUCCUUGUCGUCUUUAAUUCACUGUGCACUGAUCUGCACCAACUCGCCAUUUUGUAAAUCGGUCAACUUCAUAUCAGAGCAAGGAGGAAAUUUUGGCGAAUGUCAACUCAAUGACGCUACAGCAGAAGACUUUCCAUUCCAUCUGAUGCAAAUUUCUAAUUCAGUGUAUUCUGUUGUGUAUAGCUCAUGA